AUGGAGCACUCCACACGUUACCUCCCCGUGGACCCCCAAAAGCGUAGCUGCGGCGGGCUAAAACUUCGGACCUGGACCUUGACGUUGGCAGUUUUGGCUCAAUGGACAUAUGUUGCGGGCCAGGAAACCACCAGUAUCUUUUUCCACGAAAUUCUAACGCAACAGGACCAUGUGCAAGCCCCACCAGGCUUUAGGAACACGACAAAAGAAUCGUUGUACCCUCUACCGGGUCUCGCGCUUUCAGUUCCAAACUAUCUUCUUAUUGCUCAUACUGCUUUCGCCCUUUCGCGUUUUGUUGCCGCAUAUCUCGCUUAUCUAUCACCGACUCAUCCAAAGGUGCCACAGCCACGUACAGUUUUGAGCAUCACGACCGGGCUCAGCAUUAUCUGUGGCAUUUUAGUAACAGCCCUCCGUGAAACUAAUCCGAAUCUUAUUGCUAUUCCAAUGAUCCUUUUUUUCUUUUUCGAGGGACCUAUGUGGCCUCUUAUAUUUACGCUUGGGCUUCGCGGACAGGGAAAACGUACGAAACGAGCAGCGGCGUGGAUCACCAUGGGAGCUUCUGGGCCGGCAUUCUGGCCAUUUGUCGUUUACGCGAUCACCGAGAAAGGUGGCAGUAUCCAAACAGCUUUCAGCCUGGUUCCAGCUCUUCUCGUUAUUACUGGAGUCUUCUCUCUGUUUUUGGAUUUGAAACGUGACGCCCGUGCGUUGGUUGAUGCUCGAGUCGGCGCCGAGGAUCAGUCUAAAAUACAGGACCGAGCUAAUCGGGAUAUGGACCUCGAUACAAUUCUUGCAGCACGGCGAAGGGCUUCGGUGGGUUUAAUGCCUAUCGACGAGGAGAAGUCUAAUUUCCUCAAGCGCUUUUCGGUCGCUUUGAGCAAAGGGAACACUGCGUCCCCAGGGAGAAAAAGCUCCGACCCUGGAGCGGCCACAGAACUCCACGAGAUGAAUGGUAGCAGUCCCGGUAGUCCCAGUAGCCCCGGCAGCCCUGGUUGA